AUGGCUUGUCGUGGGCGGAGGCCGGAGCACGGGGGACCCCCGGAGCUGUUUUACGACGAGAAUGAAGCCCAGAAAUACGUUCGCAACUCUCGGAUGAUUGAUAUCCAGACCAAGAUGACUGAGCGGGCAUUGGAGCUGCUUUGUCUGCCUGAGAAUCAGCCGUGUUACCUGCUGGAUAUUGGGUGCGGCUCCGGCCUGAGCGGGGAUUAUCUCUCAAAUGAAGGCCACUAUUGGGUGGGCAUUGACAUCAGCUCUGCCAUGUUGGAUGCAGCAUUAGACCGAGAAACGGAGGGCGACCUGCUUCUCGGGGACAUGGGCCAAGGCAUCCCCUUCAGACCAGGUUCUUUUGAUGGUUGUAUCAGCAUUUCAGCCGUGCAGUGGCUCUGUAAUGCCAACAAGAGGUCCGACAACCCUGCCAAGCGCCUGUACUGCUUUUUCUCCUCUCUCUAUUCAGCUCUGGCCCGGGGUGCCCGCGCUGUUCUGCAGCUUUACCCGGAGAACUCGGAGCAGCUGGAGCUCAUCACCACCCAGGCCACGAAGGCAGGCUUCACGGGGGGCGUGGUGGUGGACUACCCCAACAGCGCCAAAGCCAAGAAGUUUUACCUCUGUCUGUUUUCUGGGCCUUCCGGCUGUCUGCCAAAGGGGCUGAGCGACCAGAACAGCGGAGCCAGGGGCAAGGAGUCCAUGUUCACUAAUGAGAGGGUCCCUCACAGGACUGCGAGGAAAGGGCUGGUGAGGAAGAGCCGAGACUGGGUGCUGGAGAAGAAGGAGCGUCGCCGACGGCAGGGGAAGGAGGUCAGACCUGACACUCAGUACACAGGCCGCAAACGGAAGCCCCGGUUUUGA